AUGAGUUGGAGGUUCCAAAUGGUCGGGCUUGUUGCAACAUGGUGGUCAAUCUCUGCAGCCAUCACGCUGGGCAUGAAGUACACAGUCGGCAACCACGGAAGCUAUAAGUUUCCUUUCGCGCUGACUGCCAUGACCAACGGUGUGUGUGGCUCAUUGGCCUUCUUGGUCUGCUACUGCCAAAAGGGUAGAUUUUGGGCUGCUGCCAACCUACGCAGAAUAGAUGUCAUUCAGCUAGUUGGACUAGGUGUUUUGCAGGGUAUGGAGAUUGGCAUGUCAAACAAAGCGCUGGCAUUUCUGUCGGUUUCUGCGCGCACAAUCCUGAACUCCAUGAGCGUAUUCUUCAUGAUGAUAUCUGCGCAGCUCUGGGGAUUGGAGCGAAUGGACCAGCUGCGCGCUUUGAGCGCUGCAUUCCAAGUGCUGGGCGGCUUUCUCAAUGGUUUUGGUGCAACGCAUGCAACAGAUCACAACGCCAAUAGCACCAUGCAGGAUGUGCAUGGGGUACAUGGCGUCCCUGGUGUACAUGGCGUACCAGGUGUGCAUGGUGUACACCUUGCACCGGUUUCAGCCACAGUGCAUCGUCAGAUUGUAGGGACCCUGCUGCAACUUGCCACACUGUUGCUGGCAUCCCAGCGCUGGGUUAUGUUGCAGUUCAUCAUGCAAAAAUCCAACAUAGUGUUGGGCAAGCUGGAGCUCUCUGCUUUGAUAAUGCCCGUCACAUCGUUGGUUUGCUUGGCUAUGGCUGCAGCUUUUGAGACGCCAGCCUUCAAUCUGUCUCUGGUACUCAGCGCUGGCCUUCCUCGCACAAUUGUUCUUAUUGCAUGCGGGAUCACCGUCCUCACAGUGGCUGAGUUGCGACUGGUUCACAUUUCGAGCGCUGUUGCAAUGCAGGUGCUGGGAACGCUUCAUCAGAUUCCACUGGUCAUUGCCGGGGUUGUGUUUUUUCACGACGCUGUUGAGCGGGCAAGCGGCAUGGGCUUCUCGUGCUGCUUGCUGGGCGCGCUGUGCUAUGCCCUCGCUAAGCACAAUCCAAGCCCAGCAGAUGAUGCUUUCAGAGAGCAGCAAGGCACGGAAUUAUUGACGCUUCACCGAGACGACGUUGAACAACAUAAAGACCACGAUGGAUAA